CAGCCUUACAUAAAUGGCUGUGCUUACCGAGCUUGAGUCCUAGCAUUCAUCAUCAGCGCAUAUAUCAAGCUAGGCGAGGUCCCUAUGUGAGUUGCAGCGCAACACACCCGCUCAGCACAAAUUAUAAAUACCGGCCAUGACAGCAUUACGGCCAGUUGCGGUUUGUCUUGCUGCUCUGGACACCUGUAUUCACUGCCCUCUAUCGCGCUUCCGUUUCUGGGCUUUUUUCUCUGCCCCGUUUUACCCUUAUCGCUUUCACCCGAUGUACAUGGUUCCGGUCAGUGGUCAGACACCCGCCAUCGUGACCACCAGUAUUCCAGUCGCCGUCGAUGCUGCUUUUGUAGUGCUGAUAUGCUUCUACAUAGCAUUUCGUGACGAAGUGCUCUUGGGACGCCUUGGAAUGGCUGCUUUGGUAGGCAAACAGGAGCACGGGCAAAAAGCAAUCGCUCUGUUUUCGCAAGGCUAUCGUUCAUUCAUUGACAAAUUGUUGAUCAUCUCUCCUGUGCCAAUCCCUGUGUAGUUGCCAAAUACUGCCGUGCUCGCUCUCAGUCUCUCGUUCCGCAGUGAGCCUGUCGGCAGAUCAUAGUGCUGUCCCUCUUCUCA